AUGGCUUUAUUAAUGCUUCCACUAAUAACAUUUGUAGCCUUCCGUGAUGGUGCAGCAAAUAUUGGAAUUAAUAAACAUUCAAAACAACAAAAUAAUUUAUUAUUUUUGGAAAAUUUAAAAAUAAUAAACGGGACAGAAUUAAUUUUGGAAUGCCCCCCAGCCUCUAUACUUGUACGAACUCAUAUGGCCCCUGAUUUUGAACAUCCCCAAUUAGUUAGAAAAUUAAAUUGGUUUUUUGAAGGGGUGCUAGUUGCUUCUUUUCAACAGGUGAAUAAUUUGGGCAUUUUUGUUUUGGACAUUUUGAGAAAAAAAAAUAAACUUGAAAAUAAGUUUGUUUGUUAGAAAAAUAAACUUGAAAUUAAAAAUCAGAAUUUUUUGUGUUUGUGUGUUUUAAUGUUUUGAAUUAUUAUUUGUAUUUUGAUUUGUUUUGAAAUAUUCUGAUUUUUAUAAAAUGUUUUGUGUUUUUGUUAAGUUUAUUUGUAUUUUCUGAAUUUUAUAUGUUUUGCUAUGUUUUUGUGUUUUACAAACUUUUUUGUGUUUUUCAAGUUGGAAUUAUAAGCUUAAAAAUUGUAAAAUAAAAAUAAACUUAAGUUUGCGAAAAUAACCUUGAAAUUGUAAAAAGAAGAAAUAAAGUUUAUUUUUUUACAAAUUCAAGUUUAUUUUCGCAAACUUGAAUAUUUGAGUAUGUAUAUAUUUAUUUUAUGCAUAUUUUCUUCAUGAUACAUAUUUUUCACCUUUCUCCACCCAUCAAAUUUUUUUUUAUUUUUUAUUCAAAACCAAUUUUUUUCUUAAAAUUAUGUUGAUGAUGAUAACUACUUUCCCCUCUUACAUAUUUUUAUUUAUUUACUCCCCUGUGGGAAAUUUGAGGCAAAAUGCUUUGGCCUAAGGCUGUCAAUUAUGCCGUUUCAAGAAGAAAGAGAGAGGGAGUUUUUCUCUUAGACCAACACAAAAUUUUUUAAGAAAUAUUAAGUGUGUAGAUGAAUUGUUGAAAAGGGGAAAAAUAAAUUUUUGGAAGGAAAUUGACCGAAAUAAAUAAAAAUAAGUGAAAUGUGGGGGGAUAGUUUAAAUAUAAUAUUCUGAAAAUAAUAUUAUUAGGGGGUGUAUUUUUGUAUUUUCUCAAAAUUCUGAUUUUUGUAAUAUGUAUUUUUAUUUUAGUUAGUUUAGUUUUACUCCUACAAACUUUAGUUUAUUUUCUGGUUUUUGUAUUUUCUCCAAUUUAUGUAUUUUCUCUGUAUUUUCUCCAACCUGCCUUAGAAAAUUCUGAUUUUUGUAUUUUCUUUUUUCUAUUUAAUUCUGAU